AUGACAACAGAGCUUACCCGCGAUGCUCCUCAGAUCCGGACUUCAGGAUGGCUUCCGCGGACCUUGCGCCGACGAUACUUGAUUCCGUUGGCCUGCCUCAUGUUCUUCAUGCUGUUGGUGACUGAGUUUCUUCGACAACUGGGCAACAAUGAAGGCAGCCUCAGUCUCUUUACCUCGACUGAUCAACUCACCGACACCCGGAAAUUCGCCUACACCUACGUUCCCACCAUCCUGAGCAUGGUUAUCGCAGUCUUAUGGUCCCUCGUUGAAUAUGAUGCUCUUCGGCUCGAACCGUACUUCCAACUAUCAAGACCCCAAGGGGCUCCGGCUGAUGUGCUUCUUCUCAACUACGAAUUCGGUCACUAUACAACCGCGCCAUUUUUUGCCAUGAGGAACCGCCAUUGGCUUGCGGUCUGUAUCUCAAUCCUGAGUAUCCUCCUGCAAUUGGUAUUCCCGUCGUUGCAAAGUAGUCUUUUCAACAUGGAUGAUGCUACCGUCUACAAGAAUCAGCACCUUCAAACAUGGCCGACUAUCGUGAACCUCGAAGAGCAGGAAUCCUUGGUGGAUAACAUCAUCCAGAACACGACCAGCAUUCGAGACCAUCGGGACCUGUCUUAUAGUCAGCCGGAAUCGAGCAAGUACGCCAUGGCACCGGUGGCUAUACCAUUAGAUGUUCAAUACGACACCAAAAUGUGGGAACUCACACAAUCCAUCUACUGGACAGAGUUAUCCUGUACUGAGAUCGACGUGGAAGAUGCCGUAACCGUUGAUGUAUCCUCCAAUACGUCUUCAUUCGGUAUCGGAUCUCCCACUAGACAACCCUUGAUUUGGAACCUCUACGACGUGUCAAGAACCGAUAAUUGCACCCUGGAACUCAGCGAGGAAAUCACCAUACCGCCGACAAACUCAUCUGUGCAGAUUUCACACUGGCAGCCGAACGCAUCCACGACUAGUAUUACCAAGCAGUGUGCUUCUUUCGACCUAAUCGGACUGACGGUGGACGUUAGUCUCAACAAAUCCAGUGAACUUGAUCGUCAGAAAUCCGACUAUUCGAGCUCUGAUUACACCCAUCAGGUCAAUGGAUUUGGCUGCAAGCUUGUCUAUCUGACCUCGGAAGCUGGCAUCUCAGUACAAGUAAAUGGUUCGCUUUCAAUCGUUGAUCUGCAUCCGAACUCGACUACAGAGGUCUCCAGAGCUUCUCUUAAUACUACCCACUUCAAAAGCAUAAUUUUGCAAGAGGUGGCCUCCACCAAUGGCACUUCCACGUUCAAUAAAAAGCCAGUGAGGCCAUCCACACUUCAUCGCGAUCUUAUCUCGAAGCUGGAAACUAGCGUUCAAGGCGCUUUUGUACCGUUGAUGAACAGGAUCUUCGAUCUCACCAGUCAGUCACACUAUGUGCAAGCUUCUCAUGUGACACAUCAGAUGGCCAUCAUUGUUGGCCCGGUACAGUCCUUCUUCUCCGAGGCAAUCCUUCUGUUUGGAUUGGUAAUGGUUUUGUAUUUGGCCUACACCUACCCAAAUCGCCCGAAUAUGCUUCGAAGUGACCCGGCUUCUAUCGCAUCCAUGUGUGGUAUCAUGGCCGAUGUCAUUGAUGCUUCGUGUCUGUCUCACUUGAACCUAGAUCAGUUGUCAACCAGACAGUUGAGGACCAUUCUCAAGAACUAUACUUGCCGCUGGCAGCAAGCUUCUGACCCUCCCCGUAUCUGUAUUGAGCCAUCUGCUGUUCCUCGGUCUCAAAGGCAGAUCUUCCAAGGCAAACCCGAUCCAAGACCUCAUUUCCUCCUUAUACCAAUUUUCGCUCUUGAAAUAUUCCUCUUCAUAGCGGUAUUUGCAGGUAUUGUGACGAUAUUCGUGGUGUGUGCCAAGGAUGGGGCAUUCCAUGCAUUGACAUAUCUCAACUCCGACAGUCUGGCGGCGUUGUUCCAAUUCAUCCCGUCUGCACUCGCUUCCAUUAUCAGGGCAUUAUGCCUCUCAAUAUACCGAUACCUGAGCGUCCUGGAACCAUGGUCUGUUCUUCAGGCAGGGGGCGCAUCCGCUGCGUCUUCCCUACUUCUCGAGUACGGGUCAUUGAAUCCUAUUGCUUCACUCUUUAAGUGGUUCAGUUACCGCCACUUCUUGCUGGGACUCGUAGGAGUGGCCUGUAUGUUCAAUACCGCAAUGAGCAUAUUAGCCAGCGGGCUUUUUCGGCACGAGCUUGGUCCGACGAGGGCGGAUGCUGAUAUGAAGUCCAACUACAGCUAUGCGUCAAUCGCCAUAAGACAAGCCUCGCCGAUAGGCCCCGAACUUGACACCAUUAAGAGCAGCAUCUACAGCGGUACCUCGGUGCUCGCUUGGACCACAUCCAGCUAUUCAUUUCUCCCUGCAUGGACGGACACAUCGUCCGAAUGGCUCGUUGGGGGCACCAUUCGGGGCAUUGGUGCCGAUUUAGUAUGCAAGCAGCUUUCGAUCGCCGACAGCUAUUCCGAGGACCCGGUAACAAAUGUAGCCAGUUGGCAAUACUCGCCUUUCAACGAAUCAGAUACGGUGUGCCAAAUAGACACAAUCCAAGACACUGAGGCUAGCCAAGUAAACAGUUUGACGGUUCGCUUCUUCGCUUCACCGACAUUUGCACAAUCAAGUGGCUGUCAGAAGCCUGCUGUCGUCGUGGUUGCCUACCCCAGCGGAGGUGGCUAUCUACAAACCACACCCGAUACCGCAGUCGCGUUGUAUUGCGAAUCCCUCUUCAUUAUGCAGAAUUUCUCUGUUGGUUUCAACUCUGAUGGGUACAUACAGUACCAUGUUCCUCUCAAUGGCACCUUUGUGACAGACGAUGCGAUUCUACGCAACGGGACGACAAACCUGGCCAACUACAACCUCAGGCUAUCAAACCCUCUAAGCGUCACUUACAAUGGCUCGUAUCUAGAAACCAACAAUGCAAGCAGCACUGAUUGGUUUGGCACCCUCACGGCAAAUCUCUACCGCAUUCUGGACACCAAUACAAGUGUCAUUACCGCAAAUGUUCUCGAAUCCGCCACCCGCAAUGUCUACCGGUCAAUCUUUGCAACUGAUCUAUCGCUUGAACGGGAUGCUUACUUCCAACUUCAAGACCACCCUGCUCGGAUCAGCGAUGGUAUUAUCUACAACAUGUCAUGGGCGGUGGUCCCAUCGUUUGCAUCAUUCAUGUAUGUUCUAAUCAUAGUAGUCUUUGAUGGGUGCGUUGUCGCCUCGGUUUUCCUUACCAGGAGAGGUCGUUUCAAAUUUCCUCGCAUCCCACGGUCCAUAGGCUCUAUCAUCCCGUGGGUCAUUCACGGACAAGUUCUGAACGAUUUCAAGGGAACAUACGCUUGGAGUGAAGGCGAUCGAGAGAAACACUUUGUCGAUCUGGACAAACGAUACAAACUUAAUCGACACGAAACGGCCGAUGGACAAUGGAAGUACGUUUUGGAUGAAGACAACUCUCGCCGCGACAGUGAAUCCUCUACCAUCGAGUUACAGCCGAUUACUCCGGUGCCGAAAAACCGGUUCCGAACUCUGCUGCGAAGGGUGACUUCUGAUGACAGAAAUCAAAACGGAUGAUGACCCUCUUGGCUUGGUUGUUUCAAUCAUUUCCGACAUCUUA